CCGAUGCUUUGAGAUUUUGAUAAACUUGUUGUCUUGUGUGACGUUUGUUAAAACUUGAGGUUUUGUGUAAUGAGAAGUGUGGCGGUAGUUUGCUUAUAAUUUACAAGUUACUGUUGGUAUCUGUAAAAGAAAAUGCGUAAAAGGAAAUCGCUCAAAAAAGGCGAUGACGACUCAGGUUCUGAAGGUGGCGGUGAACCAGAAGAAUUUCAAGACUCAGGAGAAGAUUGGACGCCGGACGCUGACUCGAAUGAACCAUCAGUUCGAGGACGGAAACGGACUACAAAAGCUACACUGAACAAUUCCAAGAAGAAACGUAAAAAUUCAACAUCUGAUGAAAGUGAAGGUGAAGGAGAAGAAGAUGAAGAAGGUGAUGACGAUGAAGCAGAGCUUGAUGAAGAAGAAGGUUCUGAUGAUGAGAAAAAUGGGUCUGAUGGAAAUAAAUCGGAUUCCAGUCAGUCUAAAGACAUACCAAAGCACUUCCAUAGUGGGAAUUUUGUUCUACUAAAAUCUGAUGUAAAAUGGGAUGGUGACAAGAUUACAACAAAAUUAGAUGAGCUUAACUUGUGGAAAAUUGAUGGAAAAGCAUUGCUUCAAAAGUUUAUUCCCAUGGAAUCUAAUGGGAAGAUCCUACAUAAGUGUACAUGUGUAUAUUCAGGAUGGAAUGUUGACAAUCGUGAUAAUUACUAUCCCAUAACGGAAAUACUAGACCGCAAUCCUCCAACUGACUCAAAAGAGAUAUGUGUAGCAUUAGAUCUAAAUGAUCUUAUUCAAGUUAAAGACAAGUGAAUUAAAUAAUAUUUGAACUAGUUAAGUCUAAAUGUAUCAAGAUAAAUUUGUUUGGCAUUUCAUUCCAGAUUACAGUGUAAUUCAUUUUUUUUUAAUGGGAAAUAAAUAAUAUUAAAUUAA